AUGGCGUCGACUAUUGCAAGCUAUACAACGAGCUCUUCUCCUGUUUCCUUCCAAGAUCCUGAAGAUUUGACUAUUGAACUUCAACCCGCGCCUCUGCGCCUCCCCCGACGAAGAACCGAUCCGAAUCUCGAUGGAACGAACUCCGCAGCUGAAGAACAAAUGUCUAUUGUAGAUGGAAACAACUCUACCCCUACUGCUCGUCGAGAAAGUAUCAGCCCUCCACCCAUACCCAAGAGUCUAUCGCAACGCCGCGCUCCAGCCCACAAAUUGGGACCACUUGUAUCAAAGUUCGAGACACUUGACGCAGUAAAUACUGCUGAUACCAUCUCUCCUCUCGAUUCUAAACCUGUUGCGAUUCCCCGAGUCCAGAGGCCAUUGAGACACAGCCGAGCAAGUGAAUCUCUACAAUCUAUUGCUUCAGAGAAGUAUUCGACCCCUGCAAACUCCUUAGAUGUUCUUCCAAGACGAGAUGAACCCCCACUACCAUUCAGCAACAGGCCAAAACUCCCGAUCAAAGCGAUAUUAAAGAAGCCCUCGGUAGAAGAUAAUGUUGAAGCAGGCUAUUGCUUCCGUGGGGCGGUAAAGGAAGACACAUUCGUCAAAGAACAAGGGCAAUCUUCAGAAAAAGACGUUUCGCCUGUUCAGGAAUUGAAAGAAGGUGAUCGGAAUUCUGACAAUUCCCAUAAUGUCACUUCUCCGACAGAUUCCCCUAUCGCUAAGUCGACGAGCUCAACAUCAAACCAAUUAGCGACCCAGAAGACAACGUCUACUCUGGCGACUAGCUCAUCACAGCCUCUUCCAGCCUUCAAUUCCUCUCAGGGGAUAUCACCAACUAAGUCAAAACUACAGACUAUCUCCACUCUCAAAUGUUCUCAGAAGGGAGAUGUCGACAAAGAUGAGCAAAGUUAUCACGGUAUUGAGAAGCCAGUACGUAGAAAGGACGAGCUUACGGCUUCCUCGAAAAUCCCUGUAAAAAAGGCACAGAUGAGCGUUGCAGAUCUUCGCAAAUCCUUCGAGAAAAACACACAGGCAACAGGGCCCGAACCCCAAAUUCUAAAUAAGUCUAAGCUAUCUUCAGAGAUAUCAAACGAUCAUGUUGCUCGAAUUAGCAAGGAAACAGUCCAUUCCUACCACUCUGGUAAUCGAAGAAGUAUUUCUUCGACCAGAAAAGCAGCCCGGAAGGAUGUUAUAGCUCAAAAUCGAAAACUUAUCCAUACCAGGUCUGAAAAUAGACUAUCAGAACAGUCUCUACCAGUUCCAUAUACCACCAGCACAUCAGAACUUACCAGGACAGCUUAUCAGCCGGAGAGCAGUCGAACUCGCCGGAUAAAUAACCGUAAUCUCGAAGGAGCCGUGUCGCUUGAGGGCGAAGUAGCUCCAGAUGCCGGGAGAGGACUGAAUGAACCCAGCACCACGGCUAUCCCCGAUGCUCAAGCCAUUCGAGGAAACAAAUUCUCCCGUACAAGUAGAAUUCAUUCGAUCCUAGUCAAUAAUUCAAAGGCCAGCUUCAACAGCAUAAUGACAAGUAGACAUCCCAUGGCGAACAAUGGAGUAACGCCAGAAUCAAGUAGGGUUCAAAAGCCUGCAUCAAAGCCGAUAUCAAAACCGGAAUCUGCGGCAAGGUGCUCAGGCAAGGUAUCUGAUCUUCGGAGACUUUUUGAGAGGUCCUCACCUCGAGAGUCAUCUCCGAACUCAUUUAAGUCUUUUUGGCAAAACAGGGGUCGAAAUAAACCAGUAGUCAAAGCAGAAAGAGCAUCUAAUAUUCGACAAGGCUUAAAUAUGUCGUCAACCACAUUGGCCACACAGAUAAGUCCCGUGAAGAAGAUCAAAGUUCCCGAGUUGACAACAGAGAUAUCAAUUAAUGAUUUCGCCUGUGACUUCUCUGAACCAUAGGAUGGUGCGCGACCAGCAACACCAGGGGCGCACGCGGAAACGAAUACCAUUGGAAGCCAGUCAAUUAAACAGGAAUCCCCUGUAAAAGAUCGCAUCCAACAGUUCGAAAGUUUGGAAACAGGCCCAUUAGAUAAUAAUUCAACUCCGAGUUACUACGAUGUCAACCCGAAUAUUUCUCCUAAUAAACAAAAAGCCGAUGUUAGUCAAAUAGAACCUCAAGCUAAUCGGCACUCGCUUAGACAACGAAAAGCAAGGUUGUGGCGACGAAUCUCAAAUACGUUUACUCGAUCGAUCGACGGAGGGAAUAUCAAUAGUAAUGACAGGAAUCAAUGUGG